AUGGAGACUCUAUUUGAUGAUUUGAUAAAAAGACAGUGUGAAUUAGUGAAUGCAGUAGAAAAAGAUAGAUGUAUUUUUGAAGUGCGAGGUGAUGACGAGACGAAUGCUAUUUGGUUUCAUCUCAGACCUGUUGGCCAGUUGAAUGGUAGAGUUGUGUUAGAUAAAUUAUGUAAAACCUUAAAUAGUAAUCAAAGCUUUUGUGCUGGUGUUCUUCACCUAAAUUUCAUUCAUGUACCAUCAGUCAGAGGCAGUGGUCGUGACACCCGUCAUCACGAAACAAAAGAGAGUUGGAUUGAAAGAUAUUGUAAGACAGGGAGUAUUUACGACCCUAAAAAUGAAAAUGACAACAUGUGUUUAGCAAGAUGUAUAGCAUUUUUACAAUUGUAUAAUUCUGCUAAAAACAGGUCCGCAGUAUAUCACUUAAGAAAACCUAAUAGUUCAGAUGUUUACAAUUUAGCAUUAAAACUAUGUAAAAGUGCUAAUGUUAGUCCAAAUCAAGAAUGUGGAUAUGAUGAAAUAGUAAAGUUUCAACUUAUUUUAAGAGAAAGAUUGGUUGUUUUUCUUGAUAAAGAAUGUAAAGAAUUUAUAUUUUGUGGUUCUCAAUUCAAUGAUAAUGGUGAUGAAAGGAAUGUAUUAUUCAUCUUACAAGAUAGAAACCAUUUUUAUGGAGUUGUCAGGAUAAAAGCUGUAUUGAAUGCUACUUAUUUUUGUUUAAGUUGUCUGAAGGGAGGUAAAGGUCAGAAAUAUAAUCACAGAUGUGAUUUGUCUUGCAAGAGAUGUGAUGGUGGGACACUACAUACUGAAACGCCAUUAAAAGUUUGUGGAGCUUGCAAAAGAUAUUUCGCAGGUGAUGCUUGUUUUCAAGAACAUCUCAAAAUAAGGGGUUCUGGUAAAAGUACUUGUGACAUAAAAAAGUAUUGUACUACUUGUCGAAAAUUCUAUGUUUUGGAUGGCAAAACAAAAAUGGCAAAGCAUAGAUGUAAUUGGAAAAUAUGUAAAUAUUGUAAAAGGUACUUACAUAAUAGUCAUGAGUGUCAUAUGGUCGAAUGGAACGAAAAAGUAAAAGCCAAGGACACUCGUUACCUCAAGAUCUACUUCGACAUUGAGGCCAGGCAAGAUGAUUCAUAUGAUGGUAGAGAUAACUGGAAAGAGCAUAAACCUAAUUUAUUAAUUUGUCAACAAGUAUGUGACGAUUGUGAGAAAGAUAAUAAUAUAGAAAAUGAUUGCAGCACUUGUGGUAAAAGAGAGCAUAUUUUUCAAGGUUUUUAUAAAGAUUCAAAUGUAGUAAAAGAUUUUUUAGAUUACUUGACUCAGCUUCAUAGUGAGAGAAAAACUCACAUCACCUUGUUUGCCCAUAAUUUUAAAUCAUAUGAUGGCUUUUUCCUUACACAGGAGUUGCUCGCCAAGAACAUCACUCCUGAGGUCAAAUUAGCUGGAGCUAAGAUUUUAAGUUUGAAAACAAAGGGGAUGCAUUUUAAAUGUUCCCUCUCAUUUCUACCACAAAGGCUCUCAUCUCUCCCUAAAGCAUUUGGUUUGAAAGAAUUAAAGAAAGGACAUUUUUGUCAUAUGGCUAAUAAUGAAGAUUGGUAUGAAUACUCAGGCCCGAUGCCUCCAAAAGAUCUUUACUGUUGCUCGACAUUAAGUGACAAAGAUUUGGUUGAAUUUAAUAAAUGGUAUGAUGAGCAAGUAGCUUCUGAUUACCUUUUCAAUUUUAAAGAUGAAAUAAUUGCUUAUUGUAGAUCAGAUGUUCAGAUUUUAAGAGAAGCAAUGCAAACAUUUAAAGAAUUGUUCAUGGAAAGUGCAGGUUUUGAUCCUUUGUUCAAUUGUAUCACUCUUUCUGCAGCUUGUAUGGCAAAUUUCCGAAGGAAUCAUCUUGGAAACAGUGAGAUUGGUAUUGUGCCUAGAGGUGGAUACAGAGGGAGAGAUAAAGCAUCAUUUGAAGCUUUAAAAUGGUUGUCAUACGAAGAACAUGUUUUAGGUAAAAAAAUAACUCAUGCAGAGAACUCACGUGAAGUUGUUAUUUUGAACAACAAAGUUGAUGGUUAUGUUGAAAUUACAAAAGAAGACGGUUCGAUUGAGAAACGUAUUUAUCAAUUUGCUGGUUGUUAUUGGCACCUUUGUAGAAAAUGCAUUCCGGAUGAGGAAUCGAGAACUAGAAUAAGAGGUAAAAAUAAUGUUGACCCUUAUGAGAACACUAAGAAAAUCACAAAAAUGUAUAGAGAUGCAGGUUAUGUAGUCAUAGAGAAAUGGGAAUGUGAUUUUAAGAAAGACUUACUUGAAAAUACUGAUGUUAUUGAGUUUUUUAAGAAUCAUCCUUUCAAAAGAGUUGCACCUCUAAACCUUCGUGAUGCCUUGUAUGGGGGGCGGACAUCUGCAUUGUAUACUGAAUAUGUGGCUGACCUGAAAAAAGGAGAGAAAAUUUGUCUGUUCGAUGUAAUCAGCGAGUAUCCAGCGCAAAUGAUGCAUAAAGAAUAUUGUUAUUCACAUGCAACCCCCUAUGUUGAAGGGGAUCCAGAAAUGCCAAAAUUGAAAGAUAUGAAUGGUGUUAUAAAAGCUACUAUUUUACCUCCUACUGAUCUCUUCAUACCUGUAUUGCCAUACAAAUGUUGUAAUAAGCUUCUAUUUCCUCUUUGUAAAACUUGUGCAGAAACGUCAAAUCAGGAUGGAUGUAAUCAUACUGAUGAGGAGAGAAUGAUUCUGGGGACAUGGCCUGUGCCUGAGGUUAAGGUUGCUGUGGAGAAAGGAUAUGUAAUCAAAGCUAUUCAUGAAUGUUACCAAUAUCCAGGUGUAAAAAAAUUCAACCCACAGACAAAGGAAGAUGGUAUUUUUUCUUCAUAUAUAAGGCAAAAUAUGGCCAUGAAACUCCAUGCCUCAGGUUUUCCAAAUGAUGUUGUCACAGAAGAGCAGAAGGAUCUUUUCAUCAAAAUGCAUUAUGAUAGAGAUGGAAUAGUCUUGGACAAGUCCAAGUUUGAGAAAAACCCUGGGAAGCGAACUCUGGCCAAACUCAUCUUAAACAGUUUCU